AGACUAGAGAGCAGAGAAACCAAACCAGCCUACCCUUCCCUAUCCUCAAAAAAAGAAAGAAAAGAUCAGACCGUCGGUGACAUUAUUUCUUUUAUUUGUGUUUUCAAGAACUCAACAAAGACUGUGAGAUAAAUAAAUCAAAUCAACAAGCAUCUCCAAGAACGUCACUGACGUUGUUGUCCUCGAUUAUUUUCUUUUAACUACCCAAACAACGGCAAUGGCGUGAUUGUUCUUGCACAUAAAUAGCAGCAGAGAGCAAGAAAAAGAUAGCGGACAUUAAGAAAUGGAAUGCGUGGGAGCUCGGAAUUUCGGAGCAAUGGCGGCUGUGCUGCUGUCAUGUCCAUGUCCUGUGUGGAGGUCUAAAACAGGAGUAGCAACACAGCCACAGAGUAGUAGUAGCAGCAGCAGUGCAAAGCAGAGUGUUUUUAAUAGUAAUAAACGAUACCGUUUAUGUAAAGUGAGGUCAGGAGGAGGUAGUAAUAGUAGUCGAGGGAUGAAUGAUAGCUGUAGUAGUGUUGCUGUCAAAGAAGGUAUGUUUGCUGAUGAAGAGGAUUAUAUUAAAGCCGGUGGUUCUGAGCUUGGUUUUGUACAAAUGCAGCGAGAAAAGGCCAUGAGUCAACAGUCUAAACUUGCCGACAAGUUGCGGCCGAUAGCAACAAGCGGAGAAGGUGGAGGAGAACUGGAUUUGGUGGUGGUUGGUUGUGGUCCAGCAGGAUUAGCUUUAGCUGCAGAAUCAGCUAAGUUGGGGUUAAGUGUUGGACUUAUUGGUCCUGAUCUUCCUUUUACUAAUAAUUAUGGUGUUUGGGAGGAUGAAUUUAAAGAUCUUGGACUUGAUGGGUGUAUUGAGCAUGUUUGGCGGGAUACCAUUGUAUAUCUUAACGACAAUGAUCCCAUUCUGAUCGGUCGCUCCUAUGGACGAGUUAGUCGAUAUUUGCUCCAUGAAGAGUUGUUGAGGAGGUGUGUCGAGUCAGGUGUUUCAUAUCUGAGCUCAAAAGUGGAAAGGAUUACCGAAGCAACUGAUGGUCAAAGUCUUGUAGCUUGUGAACAUGGCAUUGUAGUUCCAUGCAGGCUUGCUACUGUUGCAUCUGGAGCUGCCUCGGGAAAACUCUUGCAGUAUGAGGUGGGAGGUCCAAGGGUUUCUGUGCAAACAGCUUAUGGUGUGGAAGUUGAGGUGGAAAACAAUCCAUAUGAUCCUAGCCUAAUGGUUUUCAUGGAUUACAGAGACUACAUUAAACAAAAAGUUCAAUGUUUAGAAGCUGAAUAUCCAACAUUUCUUUAUGCAAUGCCCAUGUCGUCAACAAGAGUUUUCUUUGAGGAAACUUGUUUGGCCUCAAAAGACGCGAUGCCUUUCGACUUGUUAAAGAAAAAACUCUUGUCAAGGUUAGAGGCAAUGGGAAUCCGAGUCUUGAAAACCUAUGAAGAGGAAUGGUCUUAUAUUCCAGUUGGUGGUUCCUUGCCAAAUACUGAGCAAAAAAAUCUUGCAUUUGGUGCUGCUGCUAGCAUGGUGCAUCCAGCCACAGGCUAUUCAGUGGUGAGAUCAUUGUCCGAGGCUCCAAAUUAUGCUUCUGUAAUUGCAAAUAUAUUGAAUCAGGAUCAUUCUAAGGGAAAGCUUACUCUUGAAAGACGUUAUGCAAAUAUAUCAAUGCAAGCUUGGAAUACUCUUUGGCCACUAGAGAGAAAACGUCAAAGGGCAUUCUUUCUCUUUGGACUAGCACUUAUAUUGCAGCUGGAUAUUGAAGGCAUCAGAAUAUUUUUCCAUACCUUCUUCCGCUUACCCAGUUGUCGGAGCAUUUGUUAAUCCAAAAGGCAUUACCUUGAAUUCGUAGUGGCCAUGGUGAGUUCUGAAGGCUGUUUUCUCCACAUCUGCUUUAAACAUUCUCACUUGAUGGUAUGCUGACCUUAUAUCCAACUUGGAGAAGAACCGUGAUCCAUGAAGUUCAUUCAGCAGCUCAUCAACUAAUGAAAUUGGGAGCUUAUUUUGAACAGUUAAACUAUUCAGAUGUCCAUAGUCUAUGCAGAAUCUCCAUGUGUUGUAUUUCUUCUUGACUAGAAGGACUGGGGAAGCAAAUGAGCUACUGCUGUGUUGAAUAAUCCCAUUCUUUAGCAUAUCUUUCACUAGCCUUUCAAUUUCUUCCUUCUGAAUUAAAAAACUUCUAUAUGGCCUAAUGUUCACAGACUUUGCUCCUGGAAAUAAUGGAAUCUUGUGGUCUAAGUUGCUGACAGGAGAAAGUUGUGUGGAUUCUGCAAACACCAUGUGAAACUCUUUCAACAAUGCUUUUUCAUAAUCCACUGCUGCCUCUACAACUUCAAUUGCAAAGAACUGUCCAUCAAAUCCACUUACAGCUUUCUUAAGACUUUUGUAAGCCUUGGUUGCCAUGAUCUCUUGUAGUCUUACUUCAUUUACUACGCCUUUAAGUUCAA